AGUGAUGCAUCAUUCGUCCAAAAAAACAAAAAAGUCUAGUGAUGCAUCAUGCACAUAAUCUUAAGUUAAAAGUCCUUCCCACUGCCACACAGAGACUCUCGUCGCUCAUUGAUAGUGUAUGAAGGCGAAAUCAUUCAGAAUUUGAGAUAUAAGGGCUGAAAAUUUAGGAUUGAUUGCCUCUGCGUCUGCGUCUGCGCAAUUGAAGGCCACCCGCUAAAAGAAAUGAUGCGAAACAUGGCCAGAAUAAAAUCCCUGUAUACGAUUUUGCUACAUAAACCAACGCCUAGCCAUGCCUCUGUUUUUAUGUCCAUUGCUGCUGCCUUUGCCUUGAAGCAAGUCCCGGCUUUAUCUUCAGCUCCAACGCAUUCUUUUACUCCGGUGGUCUUCCUUUGGUCUUCUUCUACUAGCAGCCCACACUCGAAGUUGCAGAGCUCAGAUGAUGGCAGUUCCACAGCUAAUAGCAAAUUUGUUUCCCGUCAUGAUGAUGUUGACGACGACGACCAGGACUUAGACGACGGCGACUUGAGACUCUCCGGUUCACAUAGGGGUGAUGAGGGUCUUGCUGGAGAUGUAAAAAGCAUUGUGAAUAUAUUAAGUCUGCGAAAAUCGUUGGGGUCUGAGAUGACAAGGAAGCUUGAUGAAUGUUGCAUAGCAGCCUCAUCAGAGCUGGUGGUGGAAGUUCUUUCACGCGUUCGCAACGAUUGGGAAUCGGCAUUUGCCUUCUUCCUCUGGGCUGGAAAGCAGCCAGGCUACGCUCAUUCGCUGCGCGAAUAUCAUUGCAUGAUCUCCAUUAUGGGCAAAAUGAGAAAGUUUGACACUGCCUGGGGUUUGAUUGAUGAAAUGAGAGGUUUGUCACUUGUCACUCCUCACACUCUCUUGAUCAUGAUUAGAAAAUAUUCUUGUGUACAUGAUGUUGGGAAGGCUAUCAACACUUUCUACGCUUAUAAACGCUUUAACUUGGUGGCUGGGAUGGAUGACUUCCAUGGCCUUCUCUCCGCCCUUUGCCGCUACAAAAAUGUACAAGAAGCUGAGCAAUUGCUAUUCUGCAACAGAAAUGUCUUCCCCUUUAACACCAAGAGCUUUAACAUUAUCCUCAAUGGUUGGUGCAAUAUCAUUGUAAGUCCCCGUGAGGCCGAGAGAGUUUGGACUGAGAUGAGCAAGAGAGGUGUUGUGCACGAUGCUGUCUCGUAUUCAUGUCUCAUAUCUUGCUAUUCAAAAGCCUCUAACAUUAACAGGGUUCUCAAGCUCUUCGAUCGGAUGAAGGCAAUGAAGAUUGAGGCGGAUAGGAAAGUUUACAAUGCACUCAUUUACGCUCUUGGAAAGCGCAGGCUCCUGAAAGAGGCUAUCAAUCUCGUGAAAACAAUGCAAGACAAGGGUAUUGCUCCCAAUGUUGUCACUUAUAAUUCGCUCAUCAAACCUCUCUGCAAGGCCGGGAAAAUUGAUGAGGCUAGACACAUCCUUGAUGACAUGUUGCAGCGAGGCCAUCUUCCCACAAUUCAGACUUACCAUGCCUUCUUCCGUAUUUUGAGGACUGGAGAGAAAGUGUUUGAGCUCUUGGAGAUGAUGAAAUACACAGGUUGCCACCCAAAUACUGAUACCUACAUAAUGUUGAUUCGAAAAUUUUGUCGAUGGCGCCAGCUUGAUCACGUGUUCAAGUUGUGGAGUGAAAUGAGUGAGAAUGGAGUCAAUCCUGAUCGUAGCUCAUAUAUUGUGCUGAUACAUGGGCUCUUUUUGAAUGGAAAGUUGGAGGAAGCCUACAAAUAUUAUAUGGAGAUGAAAGAGAAACAGUAUUUACCAGAACCAAGCACAGAAGAGAUGCUUCAGUCAUGGCUGUCUGGUAAGCAGAUUUCCACAUUCCAGACAACUGAUAAAGAAGGAGUUCAACUGGACUGUAGUCAGCCAGACAUGAAAACUAGUGUAAUAUCCAAUAAAUCUCAUCAGGAAAAAGAUUUCCUUCGGCAACCUGAAACUAGGAAAGUUGUAAGGGAGCGGGGGUUUUCUUUUUGGGAGCAGUAGGUUUAAAUGAAAUAAGAAAUCUCUGUGUACACAUGGUCAUGGCUGGUCAGCAACCUUCGGCAUCAAGUUUCCAUCGACUCUAUGCAGGACUGAGUCAUCCUGCAGUUAGUUCACUGAUAUGGUCUAUGCUGUUGGUGAUGGCUGGUGGGUAUGACUAUACACACACUUGCGGUGGCUUUGUGGGCUGUUACGACUGACUGAGGGGCAUCCUACAGUGGCAACUUCCUUGUAAUUGCCCUGUAGCAUACAUUGGUGACAACCGUUGUGUGCUACUGUGUUGUAUUUUUCUGGCAGUUGGUGACUAGUAGGGUACAGGUAUGUAUAGUAAUGUGAAAAUGGUAUGGAGAUUAUAUUACUAGAAAUCAUAUUUUUGGUAUGUAUUGGAAAGUCUUACUAGAAAUUAUAAUCUCUACGUGGGCAAAUUAUAUGUUAGUUGAAACACAAUUAAUCUCUAUAUGGGAAAAUUACACGUGACUGUUAUUUGUGAUCGGAGUUUAGGAGUAGUUCUUUUAAAGUUUUAUUUUAUGAUUAGAGUACUGCUGUGUCGUAGUUUUCAUUCCUGUUAUGUCAUGUUUUAGCUCUGUUUUGUAGUUAUAGUUGAGUAGUCUAGCUUGUUCAGUGGACAACUUGUUCCCUGUUGUAAUGUUCUUUUUAUUAAUAAUAGCAUGUUUCUUAUUAUAGUGUUAUUUGUGAUUUGACUUAGGUUUUGUAAUGGGUAUAAUUUUGAUUUGACAGAAAUGGUUUCGAGAUUAGUUGUAGUUAUCUGCCUUAUGUAAUUGGAAAAAGAAUAAUCAAAACCAUCAUGCAUAGUUUACUUACCGAACUAGUAACUAAUGCCUGCAUUUCAACCUUCAGGUAUGAGUUGAAGAGAGAAAGUAAAGAGAUUAUUUGCAGUUAGGAUUUCUCUAGUCUUUGUGGAUAUUCUUAGUAGUCUGUGGAAAUCCCUUGCAUUUUUUUUUUUUUACUGUUGUAUAUUUGAGGAAAAAUGGAAUAUUGACCUAGUUGGAGAUCUUUGGAUAUUAAAGGUUUUUGGGGUUUGGGGCUUCAGUGUUAUGGAUUUAUUAUGAGUAUUAGACAAUUCCCUUAUCACAGUUAUUUAAUGAUCAUCAAUUGAAGUUAUGGAUGUUAUUAUACGAUUGCUUGCAUAAUAUGAUCUUGAUAAUGAAAGUGUAUAUAUACAGAUCAUGAAGUCAGUAAAUGAUCCUUGAAUUUGAGUUUGUCAAAUUACUUUGUAGUUGUUGAAAUUGCAUUUACAUAAGUCCUGAAGUUGCUUCUAAACUUACGACUGGUCAAAUUGUUCGGAGUACUUCAUAUCAAUUUAAUAAUGAUGUUUUCCUUAUUUAACACUUCAUGAAGUUUCACAAAUUUUGAGUGUGACAAUUAGGUAUGAGCAAAAUUACACUGGCAUUUGGUAUCUUCUUCUUGCUUGCAUAUAGUAAUGAAGUUUUAUCAAAGAAAAGUAGUAGUCCUGAAGUUGCUAUAACAUAGACAUAGAAGAGUGUCGGGCUACAUCCUCAUCAAAGGAAAGGGAAAAAGUAAAGAGUGUAAGGCUCCUGAUCUCAUAUACAAACUUCCAAGGGAUACCAUAAAGGCCCAUUAACCCAACUAUAGACUAUAGAGGAUCCCAAAUAGUCCUCAAAUCUAAGAUGGAUUACACUCUAGCCAAUUGUAGUCAACUAUAAUUGUGUUACUGGUGGACCUCUGGUCAAAGUUGACCUGUGUCACUGUCACUCGAUGGUCUGAUACGAAUGAUUUCUCAGUCUUUUUAGUCCACUAACUAAUAGUUUUACAUGUUGGUAGAGGAGACGCGUAUAGGUAUAAAUACACACGCACUUGCGUAUGUGUGAAGUUGAUCUUGAUACUUCACAUUGAUGUUUCCUUGAAAAUGAUCUUCAGCUAAAGAAAUUUGUUUGCAACUAUAAAAUGGAACUCAUCCCCUCAUUUGUAAUCAUUCCAUUCAGAAAUCUAUCAAAUCAUUCACAAAUCAAAGGAGAAGGUUGAUAUCCCACUUGAGUGAGAUUGUCAAUGGGACCAGUGUCUUUGAGAAUUUCUGGUGUUUGGUAUUCUAAGUUUUUGUGAUUACAUUUCGGCUACUUUAGUGUAAGCGAUUAAAGUUCAUUCCUUUUCCUGUUUUCCAAUGGCCUAUGGGUUACACAAGGAGAGAUUGUACUCUCCAUCUAUAAACCCCUCCAACUAGGCGGGAUUUGAUUCAAGUCUAUGGUACAACCCGAAGGGACUUUACCAACUAUGGCAGCUGGUGUCUUUAGCAUUCAAUCAAAUUAAAUUGGUGCAUAGGUGAUUUUGUGACACUGUCUGGCAGACUGAUGCUAUAGUACUUCAGAUUUUCGUGCUGUUAGAGGAAUACUGAAACUGAACUUUUACCAAACUUUUGUUCACCAUGGUUAGCUACUUUGGACUAUGGAGCAGCCUUUAUCAAUUACUCAUAUUCACGGUGAAGAAGCCACCUGGUAUUUAUUUAGGAGAGGAAUGGAGGCAAGGGAAGAGCAUUUGAAAUUCCAGGCUUCAUAAAGAAUAAUAAUGAGAAAGAAGAAAGAAGAAAGAAGAAGGAAGAAAAAAAGAAAGAAAUUUGGUUCAUAGAAUGCCAUCCACAUCUGUAUCUGACAACUUUAAUAUAAUUUGCUUUUCAAACUUAUUUGCAUGAUUUCCAGCCAAUCCCAUCAGCCCAGAUGCUCCAUCCAUUAUUUUCUUGUGUUGUCUUCUUGUGUUGUUUGAGUACUUUGCAUAUUGAAUUGACAUACUUAACAUCACAUUUAUUAUCUUCUUUUUGAAACCAUCAAAUGUAUUAUCAUUGAUUUUGAAGAAAAGUUAUUAGUAAUUUUUUUUAAUCUUUAUUUGUGAACAUGAGUUAUUAUUGUUUUUGCUUCUUCUUUUGUAACAUUAUACGGAUUUAGAGGAUGAUAAAUUAGAAGACUCGAGAAAGAGUGUAGAAUGAUAAAUUAAGAGUGC